AGUGUGAGAAUGCAAAACGACAAAGAAAUACGACAAAACGACGAUCAUUUAACUGUUCUUCAACAAAUAUUGAAACAUGGGUGGGGUGAGCUUGCUCUUCUCUAAUAAAGAUAUUUCUUUUCAAAAUCAACCAACCAAUAAACUAGCCAAACCAGCCAUAAUUCUCAAUCUGAUGCACAAGAAUAGCAAAAAGCCAUCUAUUUUCUUCUCUUUAAAUAGGCACACCUUACAAGCUCAAACAAACAACAAAACAAAAACUCUUCUCUUUCUCUCUCUCUCUCUUCUUAAACUUGAAACUCUAUUAUUUUUUCUCUUUUCCCUAUCCUCUCAUCAGAACUGAAAAAGGUUUAAAGAGAGAAGGGGAAGAAGUGGCAGGAGAGUGAGUUAUACUUGAUUUGCCUGAAUAAUGAAAAUCCCACUAACUGAAAGUAGAGCUUAAAAUUUUGUGAAUUUGUUGUAUUAUCAUAAUAUUAUUUAUUAUAGAUAAGAGGAAAACAAAUUUCGAUAGAGAAACAAGCCCUUUAUCUUUCAUUUAAUUGAUGGUAAUGAUGGCUAUUUUUCAUGGGAAUUAGCAAAACAAACGCAAUUCAUGCCAAAACUGAUUUGGUGGGAGAGACUCACCAGAAGAAAGGCUCUCUGCUGUGAAUAAAAUGCCAGCAGAGCUUUCUGCAUCAACUCUGAUCUUGAUCACAUGGCUUGCAUGCGACCUGUUAUGAUUGGAAUUUAGUAUUUUCUUUUCUCUUCUUUUUAGCUAUUAGUUCAAUUCAACAAAAACAAAAUAAAGAUAGCUAGUCAGACAUAUUAACCGACUUCUUUGUUUCUAUAUUGAAUUUUAUUUUACUUUAAUGUUCAACCUGGACAUGGAAGCCACAGAAAUUUAACAAGGACUCAUUUUUAUAUCUCUGAAGAGGCCUGUUAAAACUGUUUCAAGUAUUUAAGAGAAGGGAAUCUCAAGCUCGUGCUUCUUACUCAUCUGAUUUUCAGAUAUUUUAUAAAGAAGAGCUAUGUUGAGGAAUAGAUCUAGAGUAGCAGUGACCAGCAAUAAGCAGCAAGCUUUAAUGGCUGAUCACAGCUCUCAACCUUCUCCAACCCCAAACAACAACAAAAAAACUCCAUCAUCUUUCUUUGGUUCACCAAAGUUCAGAGCUUUUACUAAAAAAGGUCAUCAAUCUGAAAAAGACAACGGUUUAUUAGUAAGUCCCACUUCAAUCCUAGACACAAAACCAUUCUCUUGUCUUUCAAACCCCUUCUCAUCAUAUUCUAGGAACCAAGUAACAUCGCCCAAGAUUAAUUUCCCGGGAAACAAACAACGCUCAUCAUGGGAAAGAACAGAGGCAAAAGGCAUCAGCCUUGUUCUAACUGACCCAACACACACCAAAGACAAAUCUUCCAACCCAUCUUGUAAUAACAACAAUAAUAAUCAUAGGAAAGUUGUGUUGGGUACUAAUAAGCUUAGAGUUCAAAUCCCACCUUUACCACCAUGUUCCACACAUUCUUCCACUGACCAGUCUCCAAAAUCUACAGCUGAGUUUGGAAUCAAGACCAGGAAUAAUACUUCAUGUAUUGAAUCUUCAACAGAGGAUAGUAUUAUUACUUCGACUACUACUCCUAAAGCAAUCACAGCUGGUGGUGGUUGGAUCUCUGUGAGUGAUGUGGAGAAUUCUGAGGACUACACUUGUGUGAUCUCUCAUGGACCUGUGCCAAGAACAACACAUAUUUUUGACAACUGCAUAGUGGAAAGCUUCUAUUCUUUAUCGAAUCAUAACUCUAACACUUUCCCAGAUAGUAAUUUCCUUGGCUUUUGUCACACUUGCAAGAAGAACCUCGAGGAGAAGGUUGAUAUUUACAUUUACAGAGGUGAAAAGGCUUUUUGUAGCCGUGAAUGUCGUUACCAAGAAAUGGUGUUAGAUGGAAAUGGAAAUGCAGAAUUUGAUGAUGCUUACAAGAAUUGUUUUUAAGCAGAGAUCUCGAGAUACUUACUAUUAUUAUGGAAGUUAUCACAAUUCUUGAUUAAAGUCACUUAAAUCUGUUUUUUUAGGAAUAAUAAUUGUUAUUUAGCUUAUUGUUUAGUAUCUUUUUGCCUUGGAAAAAAGCUGUUUUGGUCUGAUGUGUCAUUUUGGUUUUUAGUUUAAUUACCCUCCCACUUGCAGAUAGAUAUAAAGGGAGGAUGAGAUAAUGUAGAGUUGUUUUUUUUUCUUUUUAUUUUGUGCAAAUAAUAUCUCAAAUCGAUUGCUUCUUCACA